AUGGCUAGGCAGGUUCUAAGAAGCACUCUGUGGCUUCUGCCAAGCAUCUUACUCUGUUUCCCGUUCUAUCCUCCUUUGAGUGGCCAGCAUGUGACUGAGUUGCCAGGUGUGCUCCACUGUGGGUUACAGAGCUUCCAGUUUACUGUGAACCUCAGCCUGGAGGCAGAGAAUCCUGUGCUAACAGCUUGGGAUAACCAAGGGCUGCCACACAGGCUUAAGAAUGACUCUGACUGUGGUACGUGGGUGAUGGACAGUCCUGAUGGCUUUCUGGUGUUGGAAGCUAACUACAGUGGCUGCUAUGUCACUCUGGAAGGCUCCCAGUACAUCAUGAUGGUUGGCAUGCAAGAGGUAGAUGUAGCUGGAAAUAUGACAGGAACAAGAGAGAAACUGCUUAAGUGCCCUUUGGAUCUUCACAGUAAAGCCCCAAAUGUACCAAGUGCUGAAGUGUGCAGCCAUGUGCCAGUAAAGGAAAGGCUGCCCUGUGCUCUCUCGCCCAUCUCCAGAGGAGGCUGUGAAGAGUUGGGCUGCUGCUAUAGCUCUGAAGAGGAAGAGGCGGGCUCCUGUUACUAUGGAAACACAGUGACCUCCCGUUGCACCAGGGAGGGCCGCUUUUCCAUUGCUGUGUCCAGGAAUGCGACCUCACCACCCCUGCGCUUGGAUUCACUACGCUUGGUCUUCAGGAACAACAGUGGGUGUGAUCCUGUGAUGACAACUUCCACUUUUGUCCUGUUCCAGUUUCCAUUUACUUCCUGUGGGACCACAGGACGGAUCACUGGAGACCAGGCCGUGUAUGAAAAUGAGCUAGUGGCCAUUCGAGAUGUGCAAGCUUGGGGCAGCAGCUCUAUUACCCGAGACAGCAACUUCAGGCUCCAUGUCAGCUGUACUUACUCCAUUCUCAGCAACACAUCCCCAAUUAACAUGCAAGUGCUGGCUCGCCCAGCACCCCUUCCUAAGACCCAGCCUGGACCCCUCUCUCUGGAACUUCAGAUUGCCAAGGAUAAAAACUAUAGCUCUUACUAUGGUGCUGAUGCCUACCCACUGGUAAAAUUUCUCCAGGAUCCUAUUUAUGUGGAGGUCUCCAUCCUUCACAGAACAGACCCCUCCUUGGGACUGCUGCUAGAGCAAUGUUGGGCCACACCUGGCUCUACUCCUUUUCAUCAACCACAAUGGCCAAUCUUGGUGAAGGGAUGCCCAUAUCCUGGAGAUAACUAUCGGACUAAAAGAAUCCCUGUCCAGAAAGCAUCAGGUUCCUUUCCGUCUCAUCACCAGCGCUUCAGCAUCUCUACCUUCAGCUUCAUGAGUGCUGUAAGGGAGAAGCCGGUUUUAGGUGGACAGGUGUUCCUGCACUGCAGUGCAUCUGUCUGCCAGCCUGCUGGGAUGCCAUCCUGCAUGGUAAUCUGUCCUGCUUCCAGGAGAAGAAGACAAUCUGAGCUUUAUUUUGAGAACACCACCAGCAUAUCUAGCAAAGGCCCUGUGAUCUUCCUCCAAGCCACUAAGGACCCUGCAGACAUGCUUCAUAGACACUCAAGCGCCCCCAUGGAUUCUCCUGCUCUGUGGGUAAUGGGACUUUCUGCAACUGUGAUCAUCAUUGGAAUCUUGGUAGUAUCUUACCUGGCCAUCAGAAAACUGAGAUGA